AUGGGUAGCGCCGGGAAUGUGACAUGGCUGCAAAAGCUAUCAGAGCAGCUCAAUGUGGAUGUUGACUGGAUGGACCCUGCGUACACACUGAGUAUGCCCAUUGUUCCUCAUGACAUGACCAGCAACCAAGGAUGGGUUCAUGAACAGAUGUGCAACCCAAUCAACGAUGAUCUGUUCAAGAGCGUGGUUAAGGAGUACAAAGAUCAAGGCUGGCUAGCAAUCUACACUCGCAUGGCUGUCUUGAUGUCCAAGGCUAAUAUCGAUAAUAUCCAAGGCCGAGUACUUCUUCAGACCCUUCCUUCCAAUGCAUACAACACCGAGGAGACACUUGAGCAUGCCCGGGCCUAUGCUCGUGAGUUUGAGAGCGUCGGCGUCUCCAAAGACCGGUUUUGCAUCAAGAUCCCUAGCACUGGGCCUGCACUGAAUGCGUGCCCAAUUCUGCUACAAGAGGGUAUCCGGACUCUUGGAACUGCGUUGUUCAGCGUGCACCAGGCAAUUGCUGCUAGCCAGGCAGGAUGCUUGUACAUCAGCCCGUACUACAAUGAGGUUCGCGCACACGAUGAACGAGAGCUGUGGCCCCAGUCUGACGACCCAGCGUUGCUUCAUCCAAUGUCCCCACGCUUAGUUCAAAUUCUUGAGACAUACAAGCGCCUGUAUAAAGAAACCGGAAAGGAACAGCCAUUCCUUAAGAAUGCGAGCUUCAUUUCUCCACAGGAAGCCAUGGCAGCUGGUGAGCUGGGAUGUCAGUCGGCUACGAUCUCUCAUGAGGUCCUCACUCAGCUCGCCCAGCUUCCGUAUGACGGAUCCAAGCAGCCGGGAGAGGGCGUGCCGAAGCCGGAGCAUCCGUAUGAAGCAGCAGCACCAACGCCAGACCGCCUGAAGAAGAUUGCGCAGACUGAUCCUCUUAUUGGACCUAACUGGGAUGGAAAGCUGUCAAGAACUGAUAUCGACUAUCUGGGAAAUGGAGGUACUGAGCUCGACAAGGCAAACGAGGAAGACCCGCAGACCAAGAAACGACUCAAAGAAGCUCUUACGCUGUUCAUUGCAGCAGAAAAGAGAAGCCAGGCAAAGAUUGAAGAGGCCAUGAAGCACGUCUAG